CUUAAGCAUUCUCGUUAAAUUUGCUAUUUAUUUUCAUAAUUGUUGAAAAAAUAGUAUGUUUUUUACACAAUGUUUUCAAAUUAAUCCGAACGUUUUAUUAUUACAACGAUGUGUUGUUUACGUAUAAUGCCUGUAAGAUGUCAGACGUAAAAUGUCAUUUUGAAUUCAUUUUAGUGGAUCCUUGAGUGGAUUCAAAAAAUGGUUACUACAAACAUUUAUUAAUUUUGACCAUCAGAAAUUGCAUUUUUAUUUAGUUCAUUUGAAUGGUGUGUGAGAGGGAGCUAGGGACCGUACUAAAAUUGGGCUACGCAGUGUGUGUUAAAUUCAGAUUUCCUCUGUGAGUGUUUGUGUUUUACAUUUUUAAAUGUGUCCCCAAAUAUCAGAGUAACUAUAUGGAGAAGACCAGCAUUUAUUUGAUUUGGGUAAAUAUGAAAAGUAAUAGAGAGCAUUAAAAUAAGUUUUAAUCACAACUAUAAAGACAACCACAAAGAAAAAAAAUCAGUUGUUACAGCACCCUAACUCUAAGGUGUCACCACCAGUUAUUAAGACUGUUAAGACUUGUUGUUCAAACAAGGCCAGAGAAACUGGUUUCUCUUAUAGAUUGAACUGCGGGUUUUAGAUUUUGCCAACAGCACCUUUGUUCAAGGAUUAAUAAUUUUCUGCAGAAAUUAAAGUGAUAAGAAAUACAUAAUGGUGGAAAGUAAAUAAGUACAUUACUUUUCUCAAAUACAGUUUUCAGGUACUUGUACCCGAGUAUUUACUUAAACAACAUUUUCAUAGCAGGACUUUUGUGGUACUUCUACAUCGUGAGAUCACUUCUUUUACUUAAAAUGCUUCCUCCAGCACCAGCCCACAGAGACCACCCAGCAAACAAAUUUCAGUUCAGGGAAUGUUUUAUGAAUGAUGCCUGAAGGGUGUGGGAACUUUUGUUGGACCCCUGUAGUGAAUAUUCAUCUACAUGCCUAGAAAAUUCUUCAAAGGCUGGGGAAAAGUAACCUUCAGCUAAUAAAUACUGUAUUUUUCAACAGUUCUGUUUUCCAGGUCAUACAUCUCCACAGUGCAGAUGCAGAUGCACAUGGUAAAAUAAUGAAUGUGCAGAGCUGUAACUUGACACAGUCCAGUUCAGGGGCAACAAGGGGGGAACUAGAGUCACUGGACAGGGUUCUCCGUAUACCAGGUGAUGGACCAGUUACAGCAUUUUUUGAGUUAUGCUUUUGUUGCAAAUAAAUAUAUCGAUCAUCAACAUGGGUCCCUGGGCUUUUAGCGAAAAUCUGAAGUCAGUAAGAGAACGACGGUCCCUAAACCCUUGUCGCACAGUCAGGUGUCCACAGCCAGAGACCAUUGCAAUUUCUUUUAAUAGUGAAAUAAUUUGGUUUAAAUCAGUUUUGUACCUUUAUUGCAUUAUUUUCCAGAAUUUGAAAUUAGAAGUGGUUUACUCUCUCGUAUGGAGGGGUAUAUUGUUUGAUAUAUGAAUGUGAACAUUAAAUUUUAGUGCAGUAGUAGUUGCAGUUAUCACCCAGCUCUUGACAGCAAUUUUUAGGGAAACAACAGAUAAAUACGAUAUCCGUCUAUGUUUACACAGUUGAUGGACAGCCGAACUUUUGAUUACGUUUUAGGUAUCCGCCAUUUUGAUUUCCAAAUCUGACAGAUUUUUUGUUGUUGUUGCCUGCCUGCUGAAGUACAAAUUGGACAGUGUCAACACAGUGCUCCUCCGCAGGCCAACCGCCGUGUAACGGCAGUGUAGCGUUCAGUGACACUGCAACUGGGAAAGGGUAGUAUCUCUAAGCUAACAACGCAGUUAUGAAUAGCCAGCCAUGGGCCUCCGGGUGACCUGACAACCAAAGUCGCCGAGUCGCCGUUUUCAGCUUGCAGAUGACGACUGAUGAAAUGAUGGAGAAAAGGUUGAGGACACACUCUCCUGUCUUUGUGUGUGGUGUGUGGUAUUAGCAUGAGUGAAGUGGCUGUGUUUGUGUCUUCAUUGUGUGAAUUUGCUGCUGCUGUUUGAUGUCCAGGCUUUGCAGUGUCAACAAGGCAAAUGGCUGUUUAGCAAAAUCUGACUGAGGGUACUGCUCCUUGUCCAAAACAGCUAAGUGUAUGUGCCGGUGACGUCAGCCAUGUUUUGGAAGUUUGACUUGCACACGUCUUCUCAUCUGGAGGCUUUACUGGACAAGGAGGAUGUCACGCUCUCUGAGCUCAUGGAUGAGGAAGAUGUGCUGCAGGAGUGCAAGGCUCAGAACAGGAGACUUCUCCUGUUCUUGUGCCAGGACCAGUGCAUGCAGGAGCUGGUCACUAUGAUUACUACAGAGCCCCCUGCUGGUGUAGAGGAGACUAAGCGCUUCAAGUGUGUUUUCUUCAUUUAUUACAGAUAUCCAAAUAUAGCAUGUGAGCUGUUGACAUGUGAUGUGGGAGUGAUCAAUGAUAAGCUGGGUAAUGAGGAGCCUCUGCUGGAAACUCUGUAUGCCUUCCUCGAGCAGCCGUCCCCACUUAACCCCCUCCUGGCAUCUUUCUUUAGCAAGACAAUUGGAAACCUCAUCACACGAAAGACUGAGCAGGUGCUUAAUUUCCUGCGACGGAAGGAGGGAUUCCUUUCCUUGGUACUGAAGCAUAUUGAUACAUCAGCCAUGAUGGAUGUGCUCCUACGACUCAUCAGCUGUGUGGAGCCACCCCCUCUUCGACUGGAGACUCUUACUUGGCUGAAUGAAGAGAAGCUGGCCCAGAGACUCAUAGAGCUCAUUCACCCUGAGAGAGAUGAAGAGAGGCAGUCCAAUGCAUCUCAGACGUUGUGUGACAUAAUUCGUCUGAGCAGAGACCAGGCCAAUCAGCUCCAAGAGAUUUCACAACCUGACCCUUUGCUUACUGUGCUGGAGUCGCAGGAGAGUGUGGAGCAGUUGUUACAGAAUAUGUUCUCAGGGGAAAGGACUGAGAGCUGUAUCGUCAAUGGGAUUCAAGUACUUCUCACAUUGCUGGAAAUCAGGAGACCUGUGGUGGAUGGUGUAAUGGAUGCUCAGGGAUUUGAGAGAAGUUACACUGUUAAUAGCAGCAUUUUGUUGGCCAUCGAACCACAUCUGAGACACUUCCACCAGCUGCUUCUGGAGCCACCCAAGCGAAAUCCUAUGCUGACUACUCUGGGUGUGCUGGAUGAACCACUGGGGAACACACGUCUGCACGUAGCCAGACUAGUCGCUUCUCUGCUGUAUACCAGCUCUGCUAGCCAUGCAGUCGUAGCACAGGAACUCUGCAGACUCAACACAAUGGACCUGCUUCUGGACUUGUUUUUCAAGUACACAUGGAACAACUUCUUGCACCUCCAAGUGGAGCUUUGUGUUGCUGCCAUCCUGCGGCCCUGUGCCCAUGAAAUGAGACUUCAGCCUGGCUUGGGAUCCCAGGAUAAAUUCAAGCCUCAUCAGGAUGCAUCACAAGAGCAGACUUUGACUGAAACCCCAACUUCUGAACCUUCAAUCACCCCUGAAAACUCUGCGCAUAAUUUAAUGGUGACUCAUUUGUUUCAGCACUGCCACCUUGUCCAGAGAAUUCUAGAGGCUUGGGAAGAGAAUGAUAAAAUACAAUCAGAAGGUGGUAUGAGAAGAGGGUACAUGGGACAUCUGACCAGGAUUGCCAAUACGGUCGUGCACAACCUGGAGAAGGGCCCAGUCCACACACAGAUUAGUAGCCUCAUCACAGAGUUGCCAGAGGACUACAGAGGGCGCUGGGAAACCUUUGUGGACCAAACGCUGUCAGAGACCAAUAGGAAGAACACCAUAGACCUGGUUGGGACGGGAAACCCCCGUCCUUCCUCAGAGGAUGACAUGGAGAGCCCCUUUCCUAAAGAACUGACACUGCAGCAGGCCUUUUCAGACUACCAGAUUCAGCAAAUGACUGCUAACUUUGUGGAUCAGUUUGGCUUCAAUGAUGAGGAGUUUACCGAUCAUGAUGACAGCAUUGGGGCAACAUUUGACCGAAUUGCAGAGAUUAAUAUCAACAUUGAUGCAGGCCAGGACAGUGCAAACACGGCUGUGUUUGAGGCUUGUGCCAAGGAGAGGAUUCAGCCCUUUGAUGAUGAUGAAGAGGACAUCUGGGAGGAGAAAGAAAUCAACUAUGCAACACAAACCAAGUCUCGGAACAGGUUUGGUGGGUCACAGUCCUCCCAGAGUCAUGCAGCCAGUAAGGACUGUGAUAGGACAGCGAUUUCUGGCACUGAGGUUUCUGACACAGCAGCAGACUCUAAUUCAGAAGAAGGAGAAGAGCCCAAAGAUAUCCUGGAUCCAUUCUCAAGCCAGGGCCAGACUGAGGCAACAAAGAGCACCGGCUGGAUAGCAGACUUUGGGGAGGUGAACUCGAAAGCACCGGCAGCAGGAGGGGGCUUUGCAGCGUGGGACACUCCAGUCUCCCAGCCAGCUGCCACAGAUGCAGAGGAGAAAGGGUGGGCCAAGUUCACCGACUUCCAGCCUUUCUGUUGCUCUGAAACAGGCCCUAGAUGCAGUUCUCCUGUGGACUCUGAGCUCAGCGGAUCAGAUAACACCAAACCAAACCAGAACCCAUGUGUGUGGAGUGUGUGCGUGGCGAGAAAAGCUCCACUGGUUGCAUCAGACAGCUCUUCCUCCAGCAGCUCUGACAGCGAUGAGGAGGAAGGCAAGACAGAGUCUACAUCCAGUGAGACAGUCACAACAGAGACCAUCACCACUGGAGCUGGCAAGGAGACCAUCCGGCUCACGGUCGACGCAAAAAAUGAGAGAGCAGUCUUCACCAGAGUUUUCAGACCAGCAGUCAGACGCGACGCGGUUAAGGUGCCAACAGAGGGGCUCGCCAUAAAAGACAAAGGAAAAGGCUGUGAGAAAGAAAGUGAAAAAGGAAAGAAACAUGGAGACUGUCCCAGCCCAACUACUGCCAGUCCAUCUAACCAGUCGACUGCUGUCACACAAGAGACACAGGCUUCUGCUAAUGGACCGGCCUAAUGAUCUGAUACAGGGACACACACACACACACACACAAACACACAAACACACAUAUACUCGCUUAUCUCCUGUCCAUUCAACACACAGCCAUGCCACCUUUGCUUCCUGUUAGCAGCUCUUCAAUGCCCUUGUUGUGUGUCUGUAGAAUGGGAGACCCUCAGUGUCAAACAACCCUUAACAGUAUGUAUGUUGGAUGCCACAAAUCUACACAUGGGCUAUUGAUGUCUCUCCUGCACAUCAUGACGUAAUGAAAUCUGAUCGGCUUCAAAGGAAAAUGUGUGUGUGUUUUUAAAGAACGUUUCAUCAUGCCAGACCCCUUUAGACAAAUAGUGUUGCAUACAAACUAUUUCUAGUUGUAAUUUUCCCAAUGACCAUGGGAAAGUAAAACACUCUCAGCUGCUGUGAUGAGCAGAGGUGACACAGAGUCAGCUGCAGCACUUUAAUCUUAAAACACACACAUAAGUCUGAAAUUUUGAAUCCUUUAAUCCUUUAAUAAAUUCAGCAUCGGAAUUUCAUAUUGUUUGAGCAUGUCUGCUCUCUGGGUGUGAAAUCACAGCCCAGUGAAUUUUUUUCUAGCAGAGCAUUUGACUGUUUACACUUUUAGUAAAGAAAAUUGUAAUCAAAUAAUCAGCCAAGAUUGCAAAAACCAAGAUGCUUGCAAAGCUAGCUUCCAUUUUGUCUUCAGCAUUUUAGUGUACAUGCCAGGCAGACAAUUUACUAGUGCAAAUGUGUGAGUGCUAAUACCCCCCACCCCAUUCAUGCAAUCUGAACAUUUCUCAGUACAGAUAAGAUUUCUUUGCUCUCAUUUUGUUGAUUUGGGAGCAUCAUGUGUCACUUCCUCCUCAAACCUCUGACAGAUUCACGUAGUUUAGAGGUGUGUGUAUGUUGUUGUCUCCAUGUGUGUAGACGUGUAUGUGUGUGUGUGUGUGUGUGUGUGUGUGUAUUUGAGCUCUGUCCAAGGUACAGAGUGCAUUCUCAGGUUAAGGGAGAGGUAUGCAGAUACAAAGAAAGCACACCUGUGUAACACACGCACACACACACACACACAGUGGCAUACACAUGUAUACACAACUAUACAUAUACACACAAAAAAAAUCCCCACAAGACACAGUGAUGUGCACAUACCAAUUCAUAUCACCCUCAGAGCUGUUUAAAUGUAAUAUUGUGAAAUUUGAACCUGUAUUAGGUUGUGGCUAUUCUUGGUAAUAUGUAAGCGUAAUAUAAAUGUAAACAGUAUAUAUAAACAUUAUAUCUAUUUUUGGAAUAAAUCCAAUGUACGGAAAGGCGGUUGUUUUGCAGGUUACAACGUGUGUAUUGUAUGUGUGUGUUGUACUGUUGAAAUGAGGCAAUAAUGAUGUCUGUGUUUCGGUUAAUAGCCCAGCAUCAGUUCCUGUUCCUCUGCUUAUAUGCUUCCUACAUGGAGGUUUGGAAGUGUGCAUGAAUGUGAGUCUGUGGUUCCGUUUCCGUUUCCGUUUACUUAAAAGAUAAUUCUGGUUUAUUAUGACUUAAAUCUUUUUUUUAACAGUCAUUGGUUUUAAACAAAUUAACCAAUCUUUGUCCUGUCCUUUAUAAAUAUUCAUCACAGUUUAGUCCCAAUAUACUGCGUCAACCUUUUACCUUUUUAUCUUAUAGUUUGAGUACACAUACAUACUUUUCCUGUGUAAUGAGGCAUAUACCAAACAUUGCCUAAUUUCAGCUUUUUCAAUUGAGAUGGACGUUUUUCAUUAUUUUCAGUACAGUCUACGGGUUAAUGCUGGAAAAAAAAAAAAAAAAAAAAAAACAGAUUAAAGGUGUCCUGUAGGGUUUUCUUGUAAAUAAACAAAAGUUAGUUAUGUUUACAUUCACUGUUCUGAUUGUUUGUGUCCUUGAACUCUUAACAAAUGCGUUGAAUGCGUUUCUGCUCAAAAAAGAAAAAAAAAAAAUUGCACAGCAGAUAUUUUAAAUUCAGCAUUGUUUAUAUUCAUGUUUACUUGUUGUCUUCUCCUCGUUGCUUGUUUAAAACCCAUCAGAUUGUCUGACCAUUCAUCUCUGUUGCCCCACCAGGCUUCGUAGUAUUAAGAUCUAAUCAUAACCAAGAGAAAUUAUGGUUGAAAUUACAAAAAAAAAAAAAAGACCGAAGUUGUAAUAAACCAAAAUUAUCCUUUAAGUUUGCGUGUGCCAGUCAUGCUUUACUUUAUCUUUCUCCUAGUCUCUCUCUUUCUCAGGGCAGGAGUUAACUUUAAUUGCAUAUAUGCCUAUUGAACGAUUUACAUAGAUUGUUGUAUUUAUUUUAAAAGCACUUUUUCAAGAAGCACUUUUUGGUUUGUAUUUGGUGGUGCCAAGUGCCACCGUAUUGUUCCCUACUCAGAGAGGUGGGAAUGUUUGACUUGAACGAGUGAAUCAUGUAGAUACUUUAGAUACACUUUUUUUUUUUUUCUUCAAUGCUUUCUGCCAAAGUGUGUCUUCCCACCAGUACACAACUGGGUUUCAUAUCUGUGAAGUAGCCUCCUUUCUUGCAAUGGUCUUACAGGUCUAGAUUUAUCUAAAGCAAUCUUUGUUUGAUCCCUCCCUAGUGUUUUUUUUUUCUUUCGAAGUCAUGCGAUGGAGUUAUCAGCAUUAGGAGGAGAUGCUACAUGUAUUUAAAAAAGAAAAAGGAAAAAAUAUCACAGCCAUUUUUGCUUUUAUCUGUUCAGUGCUUUGAGCUGUUUGAAGUUGAACUGUACAGAGAGUUAGCAUUGGUUUAAGUCUGGGUUGGAAAAGAGAAAAAAAAACAGGGCUGUUUUUUGUCAGGGUUGUGUACAGGGUCAGAACAUGUCAUCCCCGUCUUUCAUCAAACCUAAGCACUGCGUCUGACCCUUACCUUACUGUUGUGGUGUGUGUGUGUGUGUGUGUGUGUGUGUGUGUGUGUUUCUGUUUCUGUCACUUUGAGAGUGUGGUGUGGUGUGUGCGUGUGCGCAGUGUCUCGCUACGGGUAUGGUGUGAUGUUAUGCAUAAUGGCAUGAGGUACAAUACGGUCAUCUUUAAGUGCCAUUAAGUUUGCACAUUAGCCUCAUUCACCUCACUGGGAAUGUGCUGUAUUGAACAGUGUGUGCCCAGAACUUUAAUUGAGAGACAGUGGGUGUUAAGUUUUUACUUCAUCCCAUUGUCUGUUACUCACACUGAGGCCAUUUCGAAGUUUAAAUCUUUCUCACAUUAUAGCUUAUUACAUUUGUGUGUGUGUGUGUGUGUGUGUGUGUGUGUGUGUGUGUGUGCGUGCGUGUGUAUGUAUGUGGGGGAUGUGGUGUGAAAGACAGCUGUGUUGUAAAAUGCCUUUUUUUUUUUUUUGUAAAAUGGACUGAUGCUGGUGGGUUUUUUUUGUUUGUUUUUUCAUUUAGAGAGUAACGUGUCUGUUAUCUGUCGUCAAUUUAGCUUGUACAUUCAGAUAUGAACCUAAUAAAUGUCAGACAAAGACGAA